AUCGAUAUUUAUCAACAGAAACGAUUAAACUAUCGUUGUUUUGUUUGCUUUCGAUGAUAUUGAAUAAAGGUGCUGGUUCAAACGAACAAGAUAAUGUAGAUUUUACUACGUGAAUCUACGUGUGAGCCUGGUUCAAGUUGACCAAUUAAAAGAUGUUGCGACGUGCGAUUUAAUAGUUUUGAGGGGGAGGGGGGCAGUUUUAAUGACGAUAUGGCCCCCGAACAAAGGACGGAAGUGGGGGACCUCACUAUGGAGUCGAUCUCCAUAUUAAGCUUGGUGCUAACAGGUGUUUCCAUUCUAUGGAGGUUCGUUUCCAUCUUUAUCAACUGGGGCCUAGCCUACCAUUUUUGGAUGGAAGAUUCGUACGGAUACUGUGCGUGGACAGUGGGCUCGAUAUUGGUGCCCAUGGCAGUCACAUCGGCUAUAUACAUACACACUUUAAGGGCCGCUCCCUCGGGCCAAAAGCGCAUCCUGGACAGAGGCGUCUACUCAAACGCCGCGAUCUCGUAUCUUUUCCGCGACGUCUACGCUCUGAAUUACGCGCUAAAAUACACCGAUGCAAAAAAACGGAAUGAUAAACAGGAGGAGAUGAGAUAUUAUCAAAUACUUAUAACGGAAGAGUGCAAUGUUGGCUUCGUCCGGCUUUUUGACUCAUUCUUGGAAUCCGCACCGCAGAAAAUACUACAGCUCGUCAUAGUGCUACGAUCGAUAAAGGAGUUUACAUACUAUCGCCUGAUUGUCUUCGUCUUCUACUUCGGAAACAUUGCGUGGUGCAUCCAGGCGUACAAUCACUCCAGUCGCUUGGCCCAACUUGACAAACAUGAUAUUGCGGCAAAGGGGCGAUUCGUCCAGUUUCUGUUCCUGCUCUGUCUUACCGUUUCGAGAACGCUUUGCAUUGCAUACGUGGCCAGUAUUUUUCCUGUGGAAACACUGAUCAUCUGUGCGAUGCACGCUUGCUUGUGUGGUUCUGUCGUGUUUUUGGUGGACUUUCCAAUGAUCACCGAAUCGCGGAUUUGUAACUACCUGUACUGCCUUUGCUUUGGCAUAGUGUACUUAUUUAUUUUUACCCCCGUUAAGGAUGCAUCAACCAAGUGUAAAUAUGUAUUUUACCUUACGUUCUGCCUAUUGCAAAACAUUUUCGCCUGCGUCCUGUUUAUUCCCAUAUAUCUUUCAACUGCCAUAAUUGCCUUAUAUAUUAUCGGCAUCAUGCUUAUAUUAUUUUACUACUCAAAUUGUCAUCCUAGUACUAUACCAACUUAUUUCUAGUGUAGUAUUACGCAAUAGUAGUAUCGCAAAACACUCUUUCGUGACAGAAAAAAAUAAAUAAUUUAUUGAAUUUCAA